AACAUUAUCUUCUGUUUCUAGAAUCAUCAUUCGAUAAUGAGGCACAAGAAUCUUCAUCAGAUGAAUCUGUAAACCAAAAAAAUAGAAGAUCACGAAGUUCUUUCAACCAACAGAUUACUGAUAUAAGUUCUCAAGGAGAACUCGCAAUUGCGUCACAACAACGAACACAAUCAACAUUAAAACCUCUUUGUAGUACUGCAACGUCUUCAAAUGUUCAUAUAAAAUACUUAAAGAGCAUAUUAUCAUGUGUACAAGGAAUGAAGCAUGAUCAAGAAAUCCUAAAAAAUGAUUUACGGUUGCUGAAAGAACAAUUCGACUACUUUUUAAUGAAUAAAAUGGAUCCAAAUGAGACUGUCUCUACACAUUGGAUUAAAGCAAAUAAUAUUCACUGGCCUCUUAAAACAAAGGAAGAUUAUGACAAUCUAAAUAAAUUAUUAUGCAACGAAAACAUUCGCAUUGAUUUUGUUUCAACAAUAGGAUUUAUUAUAAAUACGAGAACCGCAUUAUCUAAAAAUUUACUUUUCGUGAUUCGCAAAUUUAUACACAAAGAUCUUGCAACAAAAUUUACAUGUGUGAAAAAUGUCAAGAAUAAAUUUACAAUGAAGCCGUCAUUAUUUUAUGACUGCAUAGUCGAGGCGUUCUUUGCAAAACGCCGUGAUAUACAAGAACCUUUUUCAGAAAAAAUAUUGGAAAAAUUAAUAGGUGCGAUACUAACGAACUCUAAAGAUUGGGGAACGAAAAGACGAUUUGAAAAGACGAUUGUGACAUUAGAUGCUGUAACAGAAGAAAAGGAGAUCGAAGAAGAUAAAGAAAAUGUAGACAAUCAAUAAUUUAAAAGAAAG